AUGUUGCAGCCUCAACUUCCUCGCUUUGAGGGAAAAAACUAUAGACGGUGGAGGCAACAAAUGAAGGUUCUUUAUGGAUCUCAAGAUCUUUGGGAUAUUGUUGACAGAGGAUAUUCGGAGCCAAAAAAUGAGGAUGAUGCUGAAACUAUUGAAGAUUUUUUCAACCGUGUUCUCUUAAUUGUUAAUCAAUUGAGAUCAAAUGGAGAAACAAUCGAAGAUCAAAGGGUGGUUGAAAAGAUCCUUAGAAUCAUGACUAGAAGAUAUGAGCAUAUUGUUGUAGCAAUUGAAGAAUCCAAAGAUUUGUCAACUCUCUCCAUCAAUAGCUUAAUGGGAUCUCUUCAAUCUCAUGAGCUCAGAUUGAAGUUGUUUGAUUCUAAUCCUUUAGAAAAAGCUUUUCAUAUGCAAUCCUCCUCUAGAGGGCGAUCUGGUGGAAGAAGAGUUGGGCGUGGCAAUAGAGGCAAUGGACGAUCCAACGUCGUAACGAGUCAGAGAGCAGAGACAAUCAAUCUUCUUCAAAUAGAGGAAGGGGAAGAAGUUCAAAUAGAGCAAGAGGCAGAAGUGGUGGUCGUGGAGAUUUUUCUCACAUACAAUGUUUCAAUUGUAGAUGUUAUGGACAUUUUCAAGCAGACUGAUAAUGAUCAAGGUCUUCUCUUCCUCACAUUUAAUGUCCAAGAAACAAGCACUGAGAAAAUAUGGUAUCUUGAUAGUGGUUGCAGUAACCACCUGACAGGAAGAAAGGAUAUUUUUAUAUCUUUAGAUGAAUCUCAUGAAAAUGUAGUGAAGACUGGUGACAACAAGAAGCUUGAGGUCAAAGGAAAAUGA